AUGGCUGAUAUGUUCGGCUUCGCAGCUUUGCAUGUGUCAGCUCAAAUUGGCUGCCCAGCAGUUACUCUGAAGCUACUGAAUGCAAGGGCAGAUACCAACAAGUGUGCUUAUGAUAGAACAACAGCCCUGCAUUUGGCAGCCGAAAAUGGUCACUUGCAAGUUGUCCGGCUCCUGCUCCAGGCCAAGGCUGACAAAGACAAGGUAAGGUCCGAUGGGGCAUCGGCUUUGUAUUUAGCCAAUGAACAUGGCCAUCCCAAGAUUGUGACAUUGUUGCUGGAAUUUGGUGCAAACACAGACUCUGCGAGAUCAGAUAAUGGUAAAACACUUCUGCAUUUGGCAGUGUCGAAACGGUAUACUGAAGUUGUGGAGAUGUUACUGCAGAGGAAGGCCAACACAGACAUGGCUGAUACUGACGGUUUGACAGUUUUGCAUGUGGCAGCUCAACUUGGUGGCCUACGAGUUGCACAGAUGUUGCUCAAUGCAAGGGCAGAUAUAGACCAGAUGACUCAUGAUGGGGCAACAGCUCUACAUUUAGCAAGUGCACAUGGACAUCCCAAAUUUGUCAAAAUGCUUCUCGAUGGAGGGGCGAAGAAAGACAUCGCAAUGAAGAACGGGACGACGGCUUGGCACUUGGCUGCGUCAAGUGGCCACAUUGAAGUUUUGCACUGGCUACUGCUGUUUGAGGUAGACACAGACAAGAUUAGACUGGAUGAUGGCUACACUGCUUUGCACCUAGCAACCACAAAUAAUCAUCCAGAGGUUGUGAGACUGCUGUUGGCAUUUGGAGCCGACCAGGACCAGAACACACGACAUGGAGAAUCUGCCCUGAAUCUUGCAAGUGACCGGAACCAUUUGGAAGUUCUGCAGCUAUUGCUGACGGCAGGCGCCAACACAACAAAGUCUUUGCAUUUUGCAGCUGAAAAGGGUCACCUUGAGGCUGUUGAGAUGCUGCUGAAGGCUGGUGCAGACAGCAGCGAGACUCAAAUGGAGAAUGGGGCAACAGCCUUGCACGUUGCAGCUUUCCGUGGCCACCUUGACAUUUUGCGGCUUUUGCUGGAACAUGGGAGAGAGAAAGAUGUUGCUAUGAAGAAUGGCGCAACUGCUUUGCACUUGGCAGCUUGCAAGGGUCACUUGGAAGUCGUGCAGCUCUUGUUGGACUUUGGAGCUGAUGCAGAGAAGAUCACAGCAGAUGAGUUGACCGCCUCGCAAGUGGCAGCUGCCAGUGGCAACCACAGGUGCUGGUCCAUUUUGGCAUUCAGAUCUGGACUGUGGACGGACGUCCAAGCCUAA